AUUUUCCAUUUGCAGAUGGGUGCGUUGCAGCAGCAGCAGCUGACUAACAAAUACAGAUACCGAGCUAGAGAUACCACGACAAUGGCAAGCAAAAGUGGAGCAGACGACAACAGCAGCAGCAGCAGCAGCCGCAGCAGCAGCCGCAGCAUCUCAACCCAAACCCAGCCCGCAUCGAUCAACAGCAGAACUGCCACAAAUACGCACAGCAGCAUCAUCGUCAUCCUGGCGCUGGGCAGUCUGCUGUUGAUGCUGCUGCUGCCGGCGCUGGAGGCGAGCCCCGUUUUUGUGGAUAAUCCCAGCUUAGCGCAGUUUCAAUCCGGUCGCAAUAUACGCCAUCUGCCGUGCAUAGUGCGCAAAUCGGGACGCUCGGGCGUCUGCAUGUUUGCCAUCGAUUGCAUCAAGCAGAAUGGCACGCACUUGGGCACCUGCAUCGAUCGCUUCUACUUUGGCUCGUGUUGUGCCAUGAAGGAGGAGGCUUCGCUGUUUGCGCCGGAGAUAAGCGACAAUAGCAUCGAUCAGAAUACCAUUUCGCAUUUCUCUCACGAGUCCACGACGUUGCCCACUAGCACUCUCUUCAAGCUUACCACUGAGAGCAGCACCACGCACCACCACAACUAUCAGCAGCAGCAAAAUACAGCCAGCGAACUGCUCAAGAAUGUAACUCAGAGUUAUUUGAGCAGCCUGAAGCCAGUGCGCACCACCAGCACUAGUGCCAGCAGCAGCACCACCAGCAGUGGCAGUACUUCGGGCAGCAGUACAACCCACUCGUUCAGUUCGACGCGUCGGCCCAGCACUCCGCACACCACCCACAAGAACUCGCAUUUUGUGGUGCGCACCACAGUUAAACCCAUUCAAGAAGCCAAGCUAACAACCACUGUGAAGCCGCAUCGUCGUCGCACCACUACCACGCGACCAAUGCUAACCACUGGACCAGCUUUGGAGCAGCGCAUUGAAACCACCACAGUGCCGAGCAAGUUUGUCACCUUCCAGAUUGUGGAGACAACCACGCCAUCUGCCACCGAGCCCACCAAUCGCUUACCGGAGACAACCACUCGGCGGUACAGCAGGCCCACCGCUGGCAGCAGCAGCAGCAGUAGCAGCAGUAGUUCCACUGCUGCUAAGACAACAAGCCGAACAACAACCACCAGAGCAACAACAACCACAGCUGCACCAACAACGACAACGACGACGACGACAACGACAACAACAACAGCGCGUCCAACCCCACCAUUACGCACCACAACGCCCAAACCCCACAAGCCGCAGUCUAGCAGACGCCCAGCGCCUGCCAAGAAGCCGGCAACAACAACAACCGCCGUAAACACAACAACAGCAACGCGCAAGCCAAUCGACAACAGCAGCAGCAGCACCACCACCAGCAGCACAGCAACAACACUGCCCGUUCGCAAGCCCGUUAACAGCACCAGCGGCACCCUUGGCACCACCUCAACAGCAUCCACAUCGAGCACGUCUGCAGCAACAACAACCACCAAGCUGCCCUUGGCGCCCAGGCCGAAGCCAAAGCCAACGGGCGAGAUAGUCAAGGUGCCCGUGGUGCUGGCUGAUGUGAUACCAACAACCACCGGCCCAAAAGUCACGCGCAGACCAAUAACAACCACCAGCAGCAGCAGCAGCCACACGACAGCAACAAGAACAACAACGGCGCCCAAAAAGCCAGCGAGCAGCAGCAGCACGACUACAACAGCAACACCCACAACAACAACAACGAUAACAACCACGCCCAAGCCCACGCGCCGACAUACAACAAAAGCCACCAGCACCACAGCAGCGCCAACAACCACCACAAGAAGAACAACAACAACAACCGCUGCACCGCUGCUCACAACCGAAGCGCCCAAAUUGCCAGCAAAACCAACAGCAACAGUUGGCACCACGGCAACAGCAACAGCAGCAAGUGGUGUUAGCACCACCAAAAAACCAGGUCUGAUCACCUGGACAGAUGUUGAAGCGGAACCCAUUACGAAUGCAACCAUUAGCAGCGAUUGGCAGCCAGGACAAUCGGCCGGAGAUUGGGUGCCGUUGCCCACUUUGUUGCCCGAGUUGUACAACAACAAGACGACGGGCGCUGGCACAGCAACGCCCAGCGCCACAGACAAGGUGGUUAUCUCGGUGGCCACCAGCGUCAGCACCAGCAGCGGUGGCAGCGGCAGCGGUGGCAAUUCUGAGUCGGGUCAGAGUCAGGAGGAGAUGGAGACAAUGGUUACUAGCAAGCCGCAUAGAACCACAAAGCCGCCCAGGCCAGCGGCAACAACGCCAGCAACGGCGACAACAACACCAACAGCAACAACCACAACAAGAACAACUGUAACAAGCAAAACCACAGAUGCACCACCAACAAGAACAACAGCAGCCCCAGCAACAACAACAACAACGACUACAAGAACACCACCAACAACAACCACAACAAGAACAACAACAACAACGGAACGCUUGGAAUUAGUAUCCUCAACGUCGUCUUACACAGAUUCAAGCAGCGAGUCAAGCGGCAGCAGCACCACAACGGAUUACAGCGGCGAGGAGCCGAAUACAACGACAAUCGAUGCAGCUGGCAACACGACCGUAGCGCCUGCCACCGGCUUGGAGGGCGUCGACUACCGGGAAGUCUGCGGCCGUCGCAUGUUCCCUGAGCCGCGCAUUGUUGGCGGGGCAAACUCUGCCUUCGGCCGCUGGCCAUGGCAGAUAUCCCUGCGCCAAUGGCGCACCUCAACCUAUCUGCACAAGUGUGGCGCAGCGCUGCUCAACGAGAACUGGGCAAUCACCGCCGCGCAUUGCGUUGACAAUGUGCCACCCUCUGAUUUGCUGUUACGUCUGGGCGAAUACGACUUGGCUGAGGAAGAGGAGCCCUAUGGCUUCCAGGAGCGACGAGUGCAAAUUGUUGCCUCACAUCCGCAGUUCGAUCCGCGCACCUUCGAAUACGACUUGGCGCUGCUCAGAUUCUACGAGCCCGUAGUAUUCCAGCCGAACAUUAUACCCGUCUGUGUGCCCGACAGCGAUGAGAACUUUAUUGGACAAACGGCCUUUGUCACCGGCUGGGGCCGCCUCUACGAGGAUGGCCCACUGCCGAGCGUGCUGCAGGAGGUGGCUGUGCCUGUCAUCAACAAUACCAUCUGUGAGUCCAUGUACCGCUCAGCGGGUUACAUUGAGCACAUACCGCACAUAUUCAUCUGCGCCGGCUGGAAGAAGGGCGGAUACGAUUCGUGUGAAGGUGACUCUGGUGGCCCCAUGGUGCUGCAGCGCGAGUCGGAUAAACGCUUUCAUCUGGGCGGCGUCAUCUCGUGGGGCAUCGGCUGUGCGGAGGCUAAUCAGCCAGGCGUUUACACGCGCAUCUCUGAAUUCCGAGACUGGAUCAAUCAGAUUCUACAAUUUUAGUCGCAUCGUAGUCUUGAUCGCUGUAUUAUGCCUAAAUCCUUAGCGAAUGCCCAGCAAAUCCGCACACGAUAUCCAAAUCGUGAACAGAGUCCUCAACUCAACUCAACUCAACUUAACACAAUUCAAACUCGAACUCGUUCUUUGGUUAUGGGCACGCACUCCUAUCAUCCACAUCGAGUCUAGCGCAUAACCCAAGCAACGAUUUCAGUUCAAAUUAAUUAUCAUUUUCUGCACCACACUGCACCACAAUUGCUACAAUUCAAACAACAGACUAAAUAGCAGAACUAAUCUUAACUUAGGUCCAUUUAUUACUCUAUUCAUUUCUGAAAAUUACUUUAUAUUUAACAUAACAAAAAAAGACAAGAGUUGACGACUCAUUUGAGCACUUUAAUUUAUUUUCCCUCCCUUUUGCUCUGUAUAUAAUUUUCUAAAUUAUUGCAUAACCAUUAUUUAGCUCGUAAGUUUAUUUAAUAGAAAUUUGACAAAUGGCUCUACUCGAUGUAGUGCAUUUGAUUAGGCGCUUCUUUUUCACGAAGUUUUUUUAAUAAAAAAUAAAUAAUAAAAAAAAA